ACCACGCCUCUUCAGUCACUCACACAUCGACAUGGCGGCGCACGGAACGAUGAGUCGAAGCAGGAGGCACAUUUGUGCUCUUUCUUGGCUAAUUUUCGUCCAGCUAUUUGCCUCACAGUGCCUGUCACUUCCGAUAAAAGGCUCGACAUCAGUGUCUGCAAACACUAAUCAGGAGGAUGAAACUCUUUCUUUGACAACUAUAAAAAAGGACGACCCAAAGCCUUCGACCCCUGAUCAGAAUCCAGCAACUUCAACGGGUCCCAUGAAUUCAGAAACUACAGCAGCUCCAAAAGAUCCAGCCCCCGCUACAGAUCUCAAUAAUUCAGAAACUCCAACGGUUCCCAAGAUUCCAGAUAUUUCGACAGGUUCCAAGAUCCCUGUGUCACCUGCUGGCAACAACUCCACAACAACAGCAACAAUAAAGGCUUCUGCUGACAUCACAUUGACGACAGCCAUUCAAUCAAAAACAUCUAAAGGGAGCCAGGGAGCGCAUCCAGUAACCAUCAUUUCUGAUUCUGAUCAGGAGCAAGCAAUGAGCAAUGCUAGCAAUGCAAAUACAACACCAGUAAAGGAUAAUGUAAACUCAGCAAAAGUCAAGGCAACAGAUAAAACUGAAGUUGCUGAAGUAGCCUCAACUCAAGCGGCUCCAGCCACUUCCACCAAAGCCCCUGAACCAACUGAACUUGGGAUAGAUGAGCUGGAUGUACCUGACUCUCACUCCAAACUCUCUGAUGCUCUGAAUCAGCCCACAAUGCAGGACCCAGCCCUGCUGGAGCCCACCGAUAAUGGACCACGGCGUUACACAGAUGAUGACGAUGAUGAAGACCCUAACUACGGAGAUGGUGACGAUGGAGACAACAUGUAUGACAAUAACAUCAGCUUCAAGGGCCAGAAUGAGAAUAGCCUGCAGCCACCAAAGGGGAUUCUUGAAACACACUUAAAUGAAUCUGACGGCUACAACACAGAGGAUACAGACUCCCACUUCUUCUUUCAUCUGGUCAUCUUGGCUUUCUUGGUGGCGAUUGUUUACAUCACCUAUCAUAACAAGAGGAAGAUCUUCCUCCUGGCUCAAAGCCGGCGCUGGAAGGACGGGCUGUGUUCACGAAACACUGUGGAGUAUCACCGCCUGGACCAGAAUGUCAACGAGGCCAUGCCGUCCCUCAAGAUGACCCGAGACUACAUCUUUUGAUCCACGUUCAGAAGAAAAACAUGUCCAGACCUGAGGAGAGCUAGAUGGCCUUACUGACUUGCAGGUCGCCUUGUAGGGAUGCUGUGCUUGGAGCAUGGUUGAUGCUUUUCUUGCUUUAUGGUCUACCAGAGAUUUUAACUGUUUGUCUGUCUUUCUUAUUUGUUAUAAGUUUUAUUUUUAAUUUGAUAUUUUUCUAGAUGAAUAACUUCUUGGAAUUUAUAACUUAUGCUCUAUUGGUGUGUUUUUUCUUUUUCAAAUUUCAGCCUUAAGUUCCACUGACGCCUUUGUUAUGUUUUUCCUUUUGGUCUUUACAUUUCAAAUACUAUAAGAAUAGAAAAUGAGUUUAUAUAACAAUGGUGAUAUUAUAAUGCUUUUUUUUUUUAUUAGUUUCUGUCUCCAGCAGUUUUCCAAGAUUUGAAUCACACUACAAUCAUUUGCUUAUAAAGCACUUGUUGGUUUAUGAAUAUUUUUUUUAAAGGUUAGAGAAUGAGAAAGUUCAUAUGUUCAGUCCUUCUGGAAGCUGUGAAUAAAGGGGCUGGUCAUAAAACAUAGAACUGUACCAUUACAACAUUGAAAAUUUGGGAAAACAGUUUGGAUAGAUAAAGUAGAAGUGUUCCCUUAUUGUUUCAUAUCUCAAAAAUCAGACAUCAGAAUCAUUUUUCUCUAAAAUUUUGAAAUUUGAUUUCAAUUUUUCGAAAGGAUUUGAUAUCCUUUUAUCAUGUCUGGAAAUGAAGUCAAGAAGGAUGAAGGGUCAGCAUUUUUCUUCAGAGACAACCCUAGUGUUGCCCUAGUGAGAUUUUCCACUGGGACCAUAAAUAAGUCUAUCUUCUAACUUUCAGGUGGGGGGUCAGUUUCUUUGCUAAAGCCAUUAAAAUGGAGACAAAGUAGAAUUGUUAAGGUGGGAAUUUGCUUAUACAGUCUAUGGGAGAUAUUGUCUGCCUUUUUUUUUUUUCUUUUUUUUUUUUGACUUUGUGGUCCUGUACCUUUUCUUCUGUCCAGAUUUUGCCAUGCGGAAAUCUUUGGGCGGGCCCCCUUUGUUUUAUGACUUCGGUGAAGUCUCUGUCAAUCAUUUGAAGUUGUCAUUGUGGCACAAUUUGACAUUAUUUAACAUUGAAUUACUAUAACCGUCUGUCAGGGAACAGUCUGGUGAACUGGUAUCUCUGUUCAUGAAAGGUUUUGCAUGCUCUGUGUGGCCUAAUGUUCAAAGGAGCACCAAAAAAAAAAAAAAACAUUCAAGACAUAAAGGAGCAGUUCAUGUUUUUAUUCCUUUUUAUUUUCAUACUCAUGACUCUUGGCUAUCAAUCCAACAACCAGAUUUUUUUUUCUUCAUGUUGCGGUCACAUGCUUUCAGUUGAAAUGUCAUAACUGCAUUGCACUUGUUAUUUUCUGCUGUCUUGUUUGUAAACAGUACACAUAGGGGGAAGGCUGACAGAUUGACACUGUGCUGUUCAGUUAUACAGUAGUAGAACAAUGGCUGAGGUGUUGUCCUGUGGCGACGUGAUGGAUCAGCACUGCUCUUGCAAUCAACAGUAGAAACUGUACAAUCUCUUUUUGUCAGUAAAGCACAAAUUGUGUACAGAAUUCUGUCUUUGAUUAUUUUGAUUAAGGGUUUCAUGUUUGACUUUCUCAGUGAUACAUUAAAGGUUAUUCUAUUCA